AUGGGCAGCGUUCAUAGCCAGAAUAGCGACAUGGAAGCCGAGGCUAAACGGACAGCAAUAGGAGCUCGCAGAAACAACUCCGACACGUCGGUGCUUUCGACGAAAUCUACAAUCACUUUUGAGAAGCGGAAAGUGCCGCCGCGCGGCCGCACACAUAGCGUACAGAGUGUUUUCAGUAGCAUGUCGUUGAAGUCGAUGCUGCAGAACGUGCAAGGGACGGCGGGCCACAAUAUCGGACCGGAACAAGAGGCGGAAAGUAAAGGCGAGCCGGGCGGCAGCGGACACAGCCAGAUAGGCAGCGGCGGCAGCACGGCAGCGCCAGGGAGCAGCGCGGGGCCGCACGCCCUGACGAGCGUGGUGACGACCGCGCAGCAAAUCCAGUCGCCAGCGAUAGCGUCGUCGAACCUGCUUAGGCGGCGCACGACGAAGACCAGCAAGGCGUCCUCUAAGGACAUUAUAGACGAGCACGCGGAAGACGAAAUUAAGAUUGGGGAGCGCCUCCCGUUCACGGACGAGCAGCAGGUGCAUCCCGACCACGGGUCGCAGGCAGUGCAGGAGAGCAACCAGUCCAACAGCUCAACUACCACUGUUUCGUCGGCGGCUCCGGAGGAUUCUUCUACGACACCGCAAAAGCUGGGCGAGACGCCGAUCAGCGGGCACUCUUCGAUCAACAGGCACCAACUAGAGGCACCGAAAAUGGGACAGCCGCAGCAAGAACACGAGCCGAUGCCGCAGCACCAGCCCGAGUCUUUGCCGCAGGAAGUCACCGAGGAUGAGUUCACAGAACAGAAGCAGCUUACCAGAGAUGCGCUUCGAAAGCUGUCAAUGUUGCAGGCCAACAAAGCAUCUGUAUCUGCUGGCAGCACGCUGAACGAAAAUCAACGUAGUGUCGGUACUAACGAAAACUUGAACGAGCCGCAGGAGCCGUUGACGCAUUUACAUUUUGGAGGCAAGCAUGUCAUUCUAGAGACUUCCAGGAAGAACCAUAUACCCUUCAGCAGUUCGCAGAUCAUGAAUAACGCUCACAGGUCUUCUGUCUCGGAUUUUUUGAUCCAGCCUGAGGCCUUGAAAGUGCCGGGAGCAUCUCAAACUCAGUAUAAUAUCAAUAAGAGCAGUGAAGCCACGUAUAUACGUGAAAAUGGCGUGGGUACAGAACAGCAUAGGUAUUAUACGAAAAAACCUAUACGGCAAAUAAAUGAACCCAAGAAGCCAAUGUAUACGCCGGCAGUUCUACGUGACAUUUCUGAAACUAACCUCACCUGGAAUCAAUUGAAAGCCCAUUCUCCAUCUCCUAGUGCGACGUCUGUUCCACAUAAUAAUGGUCUUUACAUUGUCAAAAGCGGCCACUCCAACAGCGCAUCGAGCAUCCACUCAACGGGCUCUUCUUUUCUAUCUGAUUACCGUCGGAAGUUUGAUAUGUGGUUGGGGUACGGUAAAUGCCCCAACCAGCCCAUGCAACGGGUCAAUCUCGUUCCUCCUACGCGAAAACAUUGGGUGUCAGAUAAUAAGAGACAGGCUUGUAGAUAUUGCCAUAAACUAUUCACUUUUUGGGAGCGGAAGCAUCAUUGCAGACACUGUGGCGAUAUAUUUUGCCAACAACACGUGCGGCAUUGGUUGUACUUGAAUCCAAAAGCGAAGUUUAUAAUCGGUGGCGGCGGUCUGGGUAUGCUAUCAAAAAUCUGCGACAACUGUCUAGAAGAAUACGAGCGCCUAGUGAAGGAUGGUCCCAACGGCGUUAAUACAGGUACUGGAUCGCCAUCUAAUAUUGAUUCCCCUGGUAAUGUGACCCCAAGGAAAAACUACCAGAAACAAAACUCGUCGAACCCGAAGGUCUCCGCAGCCAAAAUCAACGGUGUUGCAGAAGGAGACGAGGUCCAGCCGGGUACGUCUGGAAGGCAGCGAUUAGACAGCUUUGUUGGAAGCAUUCCUGCAGACUGGUCUUGGAGUAGCUUUUAA